AUCAUUCCAGUUGUGGCUUAUAGCCGGAAGUAAGAGUGAAUCGAAAUAGCUAGUCAAAAUAUAACCGACGCUUAAUCAUACGAAAUAACUGUAACUUCAGCAAGGUGGCUAACAAGCUACUUCACCUACACUAGCUGGAGUCCAAGACCGCUGGCAAACUGUAACGUCAGAGAUUAAUUUACAAUCAUGUCGAGUAUGGAAAAACACCUUUUCAACUUGAAGUUCGCUGCCAAAGAGCUCCAGCGAAACUCCAAGAAAUGUGACAAAGAGGAAAAGGCAGAGAAGGUCAAAGUGAAGAAGGCCAUUCAGAAGGGAAACAUGGAAGUUGCCAGGAUACAUGCGGAAAAUGCCAUCCGACAGAAGAACCAGUCCAUCAACUUCCUGAGGAUGAGUGCGCGCGUGGACGCGGUUGCUGCCAGGGUCCAAACCGCCGUCACCAUGAAUAAGGUCACCAAAUCGAUGGCCGGAGUUGUGAAGUCCAUGGAUGCCACGCUGAAAAGCAUGAACUUGGAGAAGAUCUCAGCCCUAAUGGAUAAGUUUGAGCGGCAGUUUGAGACGCUGGACGUUCAGACGGCGCAGAUGGAGGACACGAUGAGCAGUACAACCACCCUCACAACGCCGCAGAAUGAAGUGGAUUCCCUGAUGCAUGAAAUGGCAGAUGAGGCUGGACUGGACCUGAACAUGGAGCUGCCCCAGGGCCAGACGGGCUCCGUGGGGACCAGCGUGGCAUCGGCUGAGCAGGACGAGCUGUCCCAGAGGUUGGCGAAACUGCGAGACCAGGUGUAGAGGAGCGCAAAAGCACUGUAUGACUGAAAGUGUGGGUUCGGGCCGUGUGGUGACUACGCUGGACCUGCGGCUGUAGCAUCCUCCAGAGCCUGCCCCCACCCCUCUCUGCCUCAUAGGUCCUCCCUUUCAGAAGGCGCUCUGUCCUCUCAGUUGACUCCAAAGUGACGUUUUUAUUUUUGUUUUUUUUUUUUUGUUUUUUUUGGUUGAGAGUUUCAGCCAUUUCAAUUUUGGAUAGAGUCACACUCUACCUCUGUGCGCGAGGUUCAGAAUCGCGAAAACUGCGCAGAGCCUAGGGUGCAAAAAUGUCUUGAUGCAUAUAUAUAGAAUGUAUAUAUGCAUGUGUGUUUGUGUAAAACAGCUGAUUUCUGUUUUCUUAUGUUUGUUUUUUUUCCUGCCAGUUUGCUUGAUGGAGAUUUCAGCCUGCUGUUAACUAGAGGAGUGUGAAGCCACAUUUAAUUAUGCAGCAAUUUAAUCUGUUAUUACUCCACUUCAGACAACAUUAAAGGAAUAGAAAUGCUUUGUACGUAGAUGAUUGCAGUGUAAACUAUGGAUAUAUAUUUACAGGUCAAAAUAUAACAAUCAAAAUGUAUAUUUUGUAUCUUUUUUCCAUAUCUUAAUCCUGGGGACUAAGAUCAGACCUGGUAAUGGAGUGUGGUCUGCUAUUCUCACCUGAAAGGUUUCAACAUCACUGUCGAUCAAGCCUGCAGCAGCUGCUCUAGCUGUCCACUAAAGGGAGACUGCAAUUGUAUGUGAAGGCAAAGCAAAUAUGUAUGCAGAAAUAUCAGGAGAUACAGCUUUUUGUUAGAGAUUUAUUCAUAUAAAUUCUGGAACAAACCGGCAGAAUAUAACUUAGAUGCGAGUACCUCCCCCUCCAGAAUUUAUUUUUCAGCCAAACACUAUGUCUGAAAUCUGAGUCACUGUUUAUACCUUCGUUUGACUGUGUGAUAGACUACAGUAGUAUUCAAAGGAAUGCUAAGUAAAGACGGCUUUGGAUUGCAAAAACCAAAGUCACCUUUACUUUUAGGUUCAUACAUUGCUGUGAAAAAGUAUUUGCCCCCUUUUUGAUUUCCUUUAUUAUUGCAUAUUUGUCACACCGAGUGGUUCCUGAUCUUGUAAUAUAAAAUGUAAUAUUAGACAAAGAGAACCUGAGUAAACUCAAAAUACAUUUUUUAACUUAGCUGAUACUAGAGAGGCCUAUAGUUCUUUGGAUGUUCUUCUGAGAUCUUUUGUGACUUCCUGGAUGAGUUGUCAGUGUGCCUUUGGAGAAAUUUUGGCAAGCCGACCACUGCAGGGAAGAUUCAACACUGUACCGAGUGUUUUCCAUUUGGAGAUAAUGAUUCUCACUGUGGUUCGGUGGAGUCCCAGAGCCUUACAAAUGGCUUUGUAACCCUUUCCAGACUGAUAUAUUUCAACAACUUUCUCCUCCCCUUUGGAAUUUUCUUUAAUUGUGGGAUAGUGUGCUCAAAGAAAUCUUUUGGUGACUACUUGACUCUGAUGGUAGGGUUCAAUAUUAGUGGGGUUUACAGUCAAGAGGGCUGUGUUCAAUCAGCUGAAUGUAAUUAUCAAUUAAAUUUGGUUACUUGAUUGAGUAACUAAGGGGUUAGACAAUUACUUUUUCACAAGGGUGCAUUUUCUCAGUUUCUCUGUCUAAAGAGAAAAACCAUGCAGUGUGACAAAUAUGCAAUAAUAGAGGAAACCAGGAAAGGGGAAAAUACUUUUUCAUGGCACUGUAGAUAUUUUUUUCAAUUGUUUGCCUGAUUAGCCUGAAGCGUCCAUGUCAGUGAAAGUAGUUAGGGCUGAGGGUAAGUAAGAAUUUGCUGACAAUAAAUGAAGCAACCUCACAAUGUUCACCGAGAUUCUUAAGAUCCUGUCUGGCAUAUUUAGUCCAGGUGCGUUCUUGCUUUCUUUUUCUCUGUGCAUGACUGUUGAGAUUGCAUUGUGAAAUAAUAUAGAGAUGACUUAUUUGAUUAUAUGAUCCUUGAUCUUUACGACUGCCUCUCAUUCUGAUAUGAAUUCUUUGCGCUCCUAAUGGAUCCAUUCUUGAACUUUGUUUGGUGUCAUUAGGGUGUGAGUCAAUAAACUUAUUUUUAACAUUGAG